AUUUCGUGCUGUUCUUUUCUUGGUUUCUUGCUUAUAUUCAGGGGAAAGCACUAGUGAUGAGGGUUAAGGGCUUUCACUUAUUGUCAACCAUAAAAACAAAGGAAAAAAUGGAAUGAGCUUCAUUUCAUUUGGGACUAAAAAUAUACUUGUGAUUUGAUCUGAUAGAUCAGAAUUCUUGUAGCCCUGAUUUCUAUUUUCUUGCAUUGUGGGAACAAAUGUUAGUUACUCUAAAUUGAUGAAAAGGAUGGUGGUGCCCACAUGGGUUUACUCUUAGCGUAUGGUAUCAUCUUGGGUAUUGCUUCAGUGAGAAUCUGCACCUAAUUCUUGGUACUUUUCAGCAACCCAACACAAGAAGUUCAUACAAUGAGUAUGGAUCUUGGCUAUGGAAAGUGUUGGAGCACUUCAAAGAAGGAUUCUUGGAAGACUACUCUGCUAUUAGCUUACCAGAGUCUUGGUGUAGUCUAUGGGGACCUCAGCAUUUCCCCUCUGUAUGUGUACAAGAGCACAUUUGCAGAAGACAUUCAUCACUCAGAAACAAAUGAAGAGAUCUUUGGUGUUCUUUCUUUUGUUUUCUGGACUUUAACUCUGGUCCCUCUGUUCAAAUAUGUCUUUAUAGUGCUUCGAGCCGAUGACAACGGAGAAGGUGGUACUUUUGCUCUGUAUUCUCUAAUAUGCAGGCAUGCGAAAGUUGGCCUUCUCCCGAACCGACAGCUCGCUGAUGAAGCUCUAUCGACAUAUAAACUCGAGCGCCCUCCAGAGACGAAGAACAGUUCAAAGGUGAAAACGGUGCUUGAGAAUCAUAAGUCAUUGCAUAUUGCUUUGCUAAUUCUGGUUCUACUAGGGACUUGUAUGGUUAUUGGAGAUGGGCUACUCACUCCAGCAAUAUCCGUUUUUUCUGCUGUUUCUGGCCUUGAGUUAUCAAUGUCUAAGGAUCACCACCAAUAUGCAAUGAUUCCAAUUACUUGCUUCAUAUUAGUGUGCCUAUUUGCUUUACAACACUACGGCACCCAUCGCGUCGGCUUCUGCUUUGCGCCAAUAGUGUUGACUUGGUUAUUAUGCAUCAGUGGUCUUGGCUUGUAUAAUAUCUUUCACUGGAAUCGACAUGUGUACCAAGCGCUUUCCCCUACUUACAUGAUAAGGUUCUUGAAGAAGACUAGAAAAGGUGGAUGGAUGUCUUUGGGUGGCAUUCUUUUGUGCAUAACAGGCUCCGAAGCCAUGUUUGCUGAUCUUGGCCAUUUCUCAUAUGCAGCAAUUCAGAUAGCUUUCACCUUUUUGGUUUAUCCGGCGCUAAUAUUGGCAUAUAUGGGUCAAGCAGCUUUCUUAUCAAGGCAUCAUCACACAAUCCACAAGAUUGGGUUUUACGUGUCGGUUCCAGAAAGUGUGAGAUGGCCAGUGCUCGUAGUGGCAAUACUCGCUUCAGUUGUGGGGAGUCAAGCAAUCAUCAGCGGGACAUUCUCUAUAAUCAACCAAAGUCAGUCGCUUGGUUGUUUUCCAAGGGUUAAGGUUGUUCACACCUCUGAAAAGAUACACGGUCAGAUUUACAUACCGGAGAUCAACUGGAUGCUCAUGAUCCUGUGCAUUGCAGUAACCAUUGGAUUUCGAGACAUAAAACACAUGGGAAACGCAUCAGGAUUGGCGGUAAUGGCAGUGAUGCUGGUGACCACUUGCCUAACUUCACUAGUAAUCAUUCUCUGUUGGCACAAGCCUCCACUUGUGGCCUUGUGUUUCCUGCUCUUCUUCGGAUCCAUUGAGUUGCUAUACUUCUCUGCUUCCCUCAUUAAGUUCCUCGAAGGUGCCUGGCUCCCGAUCCUGCUCGCUCUCUUCCUUGUCACGGUCAUGUUUGUUUGGCACUAUGCUACCAUCAAGAAGUACGAAUACGACCUCCACAACAAGGUUUCACUGGAAUGGCUGUUAGCCUUAGGUCCCAGCUUAGGAAUCGCUCGGGUUCCAGGAAUUGGCCUUGUAUUCACUGAUCUCACCUCUGGUAUUCCUGCCAAUUUCUCUCGUUUUGUGACCAAUCUCCCUGCCUUCCAUCGUAUCCUCGUUUUCGUUUGUAUAAAAUCCGUCCCCGUGCCGUUUGUACCCCCAGCCGAGAGGUAUCUCGUAGGCCGUGUUGGCCCAGCAACUCAUCGCUCUUAUAGGUGCAUUGUUCGUUAUGGAUACCGGGAUGUUCACCAGGACAUUGACUCAUUCGAGUCUGAACUCGUCAGCAGGCUGGCUGACUUCAUACGCUAUGACUGGUACAAGACACAUGGAAUCAUAGAUCCAUGCAACGAGGAUGACGGCUCUCGAUCCAUUGCAUCGUCAAGCGAGUGCAGGUUAGCCGUGAUAGGGACGGUUGCUUUUUCUGGCACAUCAGCAUUUGAGAUUGAGGACAGUGUUGAACCUGCCAGUGUCUCGGUCGGUUUUCCAACAGUCAACAGUGUAACCGAUGUUAUUGAGAUGGAGUCGUCGGGUGUGGUGGAAAGACGGGUGAGAUUUGUUCUUGACAACGAAUCUGAAACCAACGGCCGAUCCGAAAUGGAGGUUCAGCUCCAGGAAGAGCUGAAGGACUUGUAUGAAGCCCAGCAAUCAGGGACUGCGUUUAUCCUUGGGCACUCUCACGUCCGGGCGAAACAAGGGUCCUCUCUGUUGAAGAGGGUGGCCAUAAAUUUUGGGUAUAAUUUCCUUAGAAGGAAUUGUAGGGGGGCAGAUGUGGCUCUGAAGGUGCCCCCAGCAUCUCUACUUGAGGUUGGCAUGGUUUAUAUUGUUUAAGAAAUGAAGUUCAGAUCUCAGGUAUAGUGUGUGUGUGCGUGUAGAAGUGAAGUGUAUGAGCAAGCUGAUCUUCUGCAAAUAUUUAUAGGGAGAAGAGUUGGGUUCCUCUUUGUGCUGUCCUGUAAAGCUAAUACUUUCUGUGUUAAUAUUUGCUUUCUUGGUUUGGAAUUGGUGGAGUAGCUCAUCCCAAUGGAAAUUCUAACCUAAGUCUGGUUUGGUCGGACUUGAAUCAGUUAUACGUCAAGUGUAAUAUACGCGGUGUGAUUGGUGUA